CUACGACACCAGGAUAGUAUAAAAGAGGCAGCAGGGAACUGAGAGGCCAGACUGGAGCCUUCGCAAAGAGACAACUUCCGCUUAUACAGGCAGGACUGAGGGCUACAGAUUACCAAACAUGGAGACGCUGAAGAGCGCAAGGAAAGGCGACUCGGGUGAAGCUGGCAGCGACUUAUCUGAGCAAAUCAAAGCCGCCACCAAGGAAAACCACAUCAGAGCUGAAAACACACAGCUGAUGCUCAGCUACCAGAAGGGACAGAUUACUCUGCAACAAUACAAGGUCCUGCUGUGUUCCCUCUACGAGAUCUACAAAGCUCUAGAAGAAGAGCUGGACAGGAAUUCCUCUCAUCCCGCUGUGGCGCCCAUUUACUUCCCUCACGAACUGGCUCGUUUGGAGUCGCUGGAAAACGAUCUGGAGUAUUUUUUUGGCCAGGACUGGGAGAAGAGAGUGAUCGUCCCCGCAGCCACGCAAAGAUACAAACAGAGACUGAGGAAGAUUGGCCAGGAGAAGCCUGAGCUGCUCGUCGCCCACGCCUACACUCGCUACCUUGGCGACCUGUCGGGGGGUCAGGUGUUGGGGAAAAUCACCCAGAAAUCUCUGGGGCUGAGCAGCAAAGAGGGACUGUCGUUCUUCUCCUUCCCCGGCGUGAGCAGCCCCAACCGCUUCAAGCAGCUGUACAGGAGCCGCAUGAACAGCGUGGAGCUGACCGAGGAGGAGAAGGCGGCCGUGCUGGAGGAGGCUGUGGAAGCUUUCGAGCUGAACAUCCAGGUUUUUGAUGACUUGCAGAAAAUGCUGAGCAUCGCCGCAGAAACGGACCAAUCAAAGAGCGGCGUGGGAGCCGCCAGGUUCGCGGCAUCUCCCGUCCUGCAGCUCGCAGUGGGACUGUGUGUUGCCCUGGCAACUGUUGGGGCUGCAAUGUAUGGGAAGUAGUAAUGUGGAUUUCGUAGUCAGUAUGCACGCAGAGCACUUUAUGCACUUUACGGUGUCCAAAGUGUGGCUCAGGGACCACUUUUGGCCCUUAAAAUUAUUUUGUUUGGGCCCUGACCACAAGUCAAAAGAUUUGACCCCCACAAAUCUGGAUUUUUUUUUUCUCUUUUAUUAAGGCCCUUUUUGUUUUGGAUCUAUAAAGAUAUACCGAUUUUAUACAAAUUUUGUUUAUUGUCAAGCAGGUGAAA